ACCGAGUUAGUCGAGUUUACGGGUUUUAAAACGUUGCGACCAACGUUUCUUCCUUCUCAAGUCAGUUAGCUCGUUUCUUCUCCCGCAACAGCAUAAGAGAUCGUUGAAUCCAUUCUAUUACUUCCAUUAAGGUGUGUAAAAUGAAGCCUGAUAUGAGCGGUCUCGACUCAGCUUUCCCUCUGAUUGGGGUUAAUAAUGAGCUCAGCAAUGGGUUCUUAACAGCUCCAUCAUUUGAACUUCCUGAGACUAUUGAUUUUGAUGGCUUUCAGAAAGAAGCCAAACAAACCCUAAAGCCAGCAAAGGGUACGACGACUCUUGCUUUCAUAUUUAAAGAGGGAGUCAUGGUUGCUGCGGAUUCUCGAGCUUCUAUGGGGGGAUAUAUCUCCUCACAAUCUGUUAAGAAAAUUAUUGAAAUUAAUCCUUACAUGCUUGGUACUAUGGCGGGAGGGGCUGCUGACUGCCAAUUUUGGCAUAGAAACUUGGGCAUCAAGUGCCGGCUGCAUGAGCUUGCAAACAAGCGAAGAAUUUCAGUUGCUGGGGCUUCAAAGCUUUUGGCAAAUAUACUCUACUCAUAUCGUGGAAUGGGUCUCUCUGUUGGGACCAUGAUUGCUGGAUGGGACGAGACUGGUCCUGGAUUGUACUAUGUGGAUAGUGAAGGGGGAAGACUCAAAGGAACACGAUUUUCUGUUGGUUCUGGUUCACCAUAUGCUUAUGGUGUAUUGGAUAAUGGCUACCGGUUUGAUAUGUCUGUUGAAGAAGCUGCAGAAUUGGCUCGCCGAUCCAUUUACCAUGCUACAUUUCGUGAUGGAGCUAGUGGUGGAGUUGCUAGCGUUUAUUAUGUUGGACCAAAUGGAUGGAAGAAACUAUAUGGUGAUGAUGUUGGAGAACUACACUACAAAUAUUACCCAGUUGUCCAAGGCGCUGUUGAGCAAGAAAUGAUUGAGGUCUCAGGGGCUUGAGUUAGAGGGUUGUUGGUGGCAAUCUUGGUUUAGAUUUGGGAUUUCUCUUUGAUAAAAAGAAAUAGACGAUGCUGCAUAUACAUUUUAGCAAGUUAUAACUCUUAAAUGCACGCAUUUAAGUGCUACUUGGAAGUGCCUUAAGAACCCUAUUUUGUAAGGUGUCAUCAAAUUUCAAUUGCAGUGAGUUCGAUUAUUUUCUUUUUC